UUCCGGUUUUUGCACAGCACCAAGUUCCACAAUUUGGAAUUAUUUUCUCGGCGACUCAUCUUACGGUUUAUUUUUAUUUUUUAGCCUGUGUUUCUUUUCCUUGCAUGCCAUCAAAAAUAUCGCGAGUCUUAAAUGAUGUCAAAAUCUCUAUCAUUUCGGUUGCAAAUAAGCUCCAUAAUGGAGAUGGUGGCUACAACGGCAAUAGAAGAAAUAUGCAAAAUUGUAGACAGCGAUUUCACUUUUUUACGACAAGAACUGUCUCGGGUCAUGAGUGAAAAUACAGUUCUUAACGACGAACUGCUCUGUCUCGGGAGCGAAAGACAAGAAGAAAGCACGCGCACCACAAAGGAAGAAACACGCGCUGGCUCCAAAAGAUAUCGCUCUAUUUGCGUUCAAACCGAAGAUGGAGCGCAGCCCUCAAUCAAAGGGAUAUUUGGAAAGGAGUGGUGUUCCAGUUUGUGGGAUCGGAGGAACGAGUCCAGAGAAGAUGAUCUAGCCAUCGAUGUCGACCUGUACAGUCUGUCAACUUAUAAGCACAAAGAACAAGAGCCCUCCAACCUGGUCAUAAUUAAAGAGGAGUGUUUUGAAGUGGACACUUAUCCCAGUUUUACAGGGAAAACAACCCAAGUUUCAAGAGGACAGCUGCCAUCUUCUGCAUAUGAGCCGCUGGCAGACUCAAAAAGUUUCGAUGGCCAAUUUGGGUCUGGUGAAUUUUCAGAGAUAUCAGAAAUCCAAAACGCAUCCUACGAUUCAUCAGACAAACUCUCUCCAGAAAACUCUAUUGAUGACACCGUCGACCAGUUAAUAGCACCAAUAGAGGAUCCACUGGAAUUUGAUGGUCACUCUAUACUCAACCAGUUUUCAGAAGAGCACAAUGGGCAGUUUCCCUCUGAGGCUCAAGAGGAUGGAGAAGCACAGGAAAUAUAUGAGGAUGCUGCAACCACGACAGAACAGUGUGAAAAGAGAGUAAAGGUACAGAAACCGCCAAACAACUUCAGUUGCUACAAUGGCGGGAAGGCGUUUCUCCGGAAAAACGCUGCCAAAAAGCGUCUCAGAAAACAUCGAUUUUCAAAGUUGGAAUCAAACGAAAAGUUUCAGUGCGACGUCUGCGGGAGAAGUUUUCAUUCAAGCACCAAUCUCUCGGUUCACUAUUUGGUCCACACAGGGGAAAGACCCAAUAAAUGCACUUUUUGUGGAAAAGGCUUCUCCCAGAAAGGAAAUUUACAAGUUCAUGAACGCAUCCACAGAGGAGAAAGACCUUUUAGUUGUGCCACCUGUGGAAGGAGUUUCACCCAGAAAGUUUGUCUACGAAAUCACGAACGCAUCCACAGAGGAGAACGACCUUUUACUUGUAUAACCUGCGGAAAGGGUUUCACUCAGAAAGUCACCCUCCAACAACACCUCAUUGUCCAUGACAGAUCGGCUAAACCAGUCAGGAAGAAACCUCCUAAUCGCCGGAGGAAAAAACAUGGCGAUAUAAAUUAUAGCUUUAUGUAGCACAAUUCUUUUGGGUGUUUCCCGAUUUGAGAUUGCGGUAGUUGUUUAAAAUUAAAUGUGAGCCGUGGUUGCAGGACCGUUGAAAGAAUGUCUGUGUGUGUAAUACUGUAGAUCAUAGCAGAAAUAUAUAGUUAGAUAUGACUGCGUAUUACUCCGUAAAGUUGUUAUCUCACCAACUAAUUUGUUUCUUCUGUUAAACCAAAGGCACAGCCUUUCUGGUGAUCUUUGACGUGGGCUAUAUAUAAGAUGUCUCUUAUGAUCAGCAAGGCUGCAGAAAUGUUAUGAAAACUACAGUAAAAACAGUAACAUUUUGAAAAAUUAAAAAAGAACUAAAAACUAAAAAUAACUUAUAUUUCAGUAUAUUAAAAAAGUUUAUUUCUGUGAUACACAACUGAAUUUUCAACGUCAUUACUCCAGUCUUCAAUGUCACAUGAUCUUUCAGAAAUCAUACUUCUAUGCAUAACUUAAUACAUAUAUGCAUACGUAAUACAUUGAAAUUUUCAUUCUUUAAAAAGUUCUGAAAAAUGUAUCAUGUUUCCAUAAAAAAAUGUUACGCAGUACAAACUUUUCAUAAUUGAUAAAUGUUUCUUAAGCAGCAAUUUGGAAUGAUUUCUGAUGAAUCAUGUGAUACUGAAAAUUCAGCUUUGCAUCACACGAAUAAAACCGAAAAGAGUUUAUUGAAAUUGAUAAUAUUUUAGCAUAUUUGUUUUUACUGUAUUUUUGAUCAAAUUAAUGCAAAAAAUAAUCACAUCAAACUUUUGAAUUGUGUACAUAUAGUCUAGUUAUAAAAACCACCAGAGCGGUAAAUGUAUCAGGCUUUAGGCUAAUUAUUUAUUUUUUCUGAAUCGAGUCCCUGUUAAAAAAUAUCAUAUUACAUUUGUUUUGGGCCAUUAGUGUAAAGCGCCAGUAACGCUACUUUUCUUUACGGAAACUAAUUUCAGUAGUAUGCAAUGCUUCUAGAAGUUAGUUGUUCAAGUUCAGAUGUCAACUAGAUUGCAUGUGUAAGCAAAUGUGUAAUUUCAACCAUGCUGAAUAAAAAAAGUGGCGUGCCGUGCAUGA